AUGUCUCGGAGGCAUUCGUGGAGAAUCUGCCUGGACCCUCUUUACCGUUCCCCGAAGAUUCUGGAAGCAGCACAAGCAAGAACGAGUCUAAAGAAGUGCCGAAGGGAUCUCUGCGAAUAUAACACUCCGCUAGUAGCUUUGCUGCGUGAAGACGGGACUCGCACGUCUUCUCGUCGUGAGAUGGAAAUUAUUACGGAGAGGUUCUACUCGAACCUUUUCCGUUCAUCAACUCCUGUGUCAAGCCCAACCAUCCCCACUGGCGAAGCUCCACCACGGAUUCUCCCUUCGGAAUUACGAGUCGCUAUCAAAAGCAUGAAACCUGGCACAGCCCCGGACCUGAUUUUAUUUCUUCGGGCUGGUGGCCAUCCACUUCAUGUAAUCUUAGCAGUGCAAAUGACAUUUUACCUUCAGAAAGAAAGAAUCCCAGACCAGUGGAAGACCUCGCGAACCGUAAUUAUCGUCCAAUGUGCUUGGUGA